UCCUGUACCGCUGUGACCCAACUUGCCAACAGGGCGCCAGGCGAGAUAUAAUGCGAUUUUUUGUGAAAUUAUGGCAUCGAACCUACUGAAAACGUGUGUCAUUGCCGAGUUCAAUCAGUUAUCGCUUGGGUAGCAGCUCGAGAGUUAUCGAUUAGUGCAUUUAAGAGCGCCCGGACAAUGCUAUCCAGUUAGCCCCGGGGUUGUUGCUAACUGGCUACGGAAGUUAGCCAGUUAGCCGCGUCCGCUUGCCGUAGGCUGAAUUUCUUGUUUCGCGCAUUUCAAAAAGCCUGUUCGCCGACCUCUUGUCACCAUUUAGCCGGCUAGCUAAACGGAAACAUUAAGAUUGCAACGCGUAGCUUCACCAAUUAUAAAAUAGAGAAAAGACUGAAACUUCCAUAACUAUUCGCUUUUAAAAUGGAGAGUCGGCUGUGUUUGUAGCCUAAGCGGCUGUUUUUUUCCUGCAAACACAAAGGAAGAGGACCUGAGUUCUGGUGGUAGGACAGUUUCUUUGGUACAUUUUUUUGUUUUUGCCAAUGGCUCCACAGAAGCAGGGCUCCUCAGGUGGAAGUUUUGGUUCUGGAGGUAAAACCAACGGGUUAUACCAGUCCUCCGCCUCCUCUUCCUCCUCCUCUUCUUCCUCUUCCUCUGCGAUGGCUGCAGCCAAGAAGCCCAACAUGCAACUCAUUCAAGCCGACCACGAGUUGUUCCUGCAGGCCUUCGAGAAACCAACUCAGAUCUACAGGUUCCUCCGCACCAGGAACCUGAUCGCUCCGAUAUUCUUGCACAGGACUCUCACCUACAUGUCCCACAGAAACUCGAGGAAUAACGUCAAACGGAAAAGCUCCAAGGUUGACAACCUGUUGUUCAAAGUGGAAAAGAUGCGCGGUGAACAGGAGACUCACAGCUUGGCCUCUAAUCUGCAGCUCACAUUUACCGGCUUCUUCCAUAAAGCUGGGAAGCCGUCUCAGGACAGUGAGAACGAGCAGAACUCUGUAUCUCUGGAGGUGCUGCUGGUCAAAGUCUGUCACAAGAAGAGGAAGGACGUGAGCUGUCCCGUGAAGCAGGUCCCGACGGGGAAGAAGCAGGUUCCUCUGAACCCAGACACGAGCGCCGGAGUCCAGGCCAAGCCGGGCUCCUUCCCCUCCUUACUGGUUCCCAGCAGCGAGUUCGAGCCCAGCAACUCCCACAUGGUGAAGUCGUACUCGCUGCUCUUUAGAGUGUCGAGGCCCGGGUGCCCCCGGACUCAGAUCAACGGCCUGGUCAACGGAGAGAACCACCACAGCAGAGGUCUGGACUUUACAGAGGAAGUGGUGAACAGGAAGAGGAGGAGCUCCUCUCUCAGGGAGGAGGGAGAAACCACGUUUGUGGCUCAGAUGACGGUCUUCGACAAAAACAGACGUCUGCAGCUGCUGGAUGGGGAGUACGAGGUGUCUAUGCAAGAGAUGGAGGAGUGUCCCGUCACCAAGAAGAGGGCAACGUGGGAGACCAUCCUGGAUGGAAAGCGUUUGCCUCCCUUUGAGAGCUUCUCUCAGGGUCCCACCCUGCAGUUCACGCUGCGCUGGACCAGCGACUCCUCCGACCGCUCCACUGCUCCCGUGGCCAAACCUCUGGCCACCCGCAACUCUGAGACCAACCUGGACCCCCGACCCAGCACCCUGAGGGCCACACACACACUGGCUGUUAAAGAAUCCAUAAACGCUGACCUGACGACCAGAAGAGAACUCAUCUCAGCUGAGCCGCGACAGAAGCUACGCAUCUUCUACCAGUUCCAGUACAAUAGCAACACGCAGCAGCAGACGGAGGCCAGAGACGACCUCCACUGUCCGUGGUGCACCCUCAACUGCAGGAAGCUCUACAGUCUGAUCAAACACCUGAAGCUGUCUCACUCCCGCUUCAUCUUCACCUAUGUGCCCCACCCUAAAGGAGCGAAGAUCGAGGUCUCCAUCAACGAGUGUUACGACGGCUCGUACGCAGGAAACCCUCAGGACAUCCACAGCCAGCCGGGCUUCGCCUUCAGCAGGAACGGGCCGGUCAAGAGGACGGCCGUCACAAACGUGGUCGUCUGCAGACCCAAGAGGACGAAGGCGAGUCUGUCCGAGUUCCUGGAGCCGGAGGACGGAGACCAGGAGCAGCCGAUCAUCAGCGGACACAACCGCCUCUACUUCCACAGCGACAGCUGCGUCCCGCUGCGUCCUCAGGAGAUGGAGAUGGACAGCGAGGAUGAGCGGGACCCCGACUGGCUCAAAGAGAAGACCGCCAUGCAAAUCGAGGACUUCACCGACGUCAACGAGGGGGAGAAGGAGAUCAUGAAGCUGUGGAACCUCCACGUCAUGAAGCACGGUUUCAUCGCGGACAACCAGAUGAACGAGUCCUGCCUGCUGUUCGCCGACCACCACGGCGUCCACAUCGUCAGGAACGACCUCUGUCGCAACUUCCUGUUGCACCUGAUCAGCAUGCACGACUUCAACCUGGUCACCACGCAGACCAUCGACCAGGCCAUGGCCCGCCUGCGCCUCCUGCAGAGCCAGGGAGCUCGCAGGGACGAGGAGGAGGAGGAGGAGGAGGAAGAGGAAGAGGAGGAAGAGGAAGAGGAGGAGGACUGGGAGACGGCCGUGGAGUCCCAGCCAGAGCUGGAUCCGGAUCUUGAGUACACGCCCUGCAAUGACGAGACCAGCACCGGCUGUGUGGAGAAUGGAACCCAGAAGGAGGAGGAGGAGAGCGGAGGAGCUGUGACAGAAAGGACGACCAGCAAGCGGAAACUCUCCGACUGUGAUUCGGUUUUAAACUGAAGAAAAAUGAGAGUAAAUUUAAAACACGGUGACAAACAAACAGGUUACUGCAGGGAUUCAAAAACAAGAUGAAGAGCCGUUCAUCAUUUCAUCGCCAGGAGGAGGAGUGAGGAGUGUGACCUGACCUUGCAUCCUUUCCUUUCAUUUCCAACCCGCUGAGUUUAUUAAAGACUGAACUUUGGAGGAAGCACAAUAGUCUGGAUUCAUUGACGGACCAGAUUCUUUCUGUGCUCUCUCUCUCUCCAACUUUAACUUUUCCUUUUGUUGUCCUCGGUGUUCCUGCAGCACUCGGCUCCACCAAAGGUUUUUACUUUAUGACUGAGCGUGUUCUACGUUACUGUCACGCUUAUGGGUCAAAGAUGUCCCAUCAGGUCUCUGAUCCAGCGUUCGGGUGUCUGAUGUGGUCUUUAGGUGUCUAAUAGUAUCUCCAGGGGUCUGAUCAGGUUUCUGUGUCUAAUCUGUUCUCUGGGUCCCUGAUCAGGCUCCUAGGACUCAGAGUAUGUCUCCAGCUGUCUGAUGUGGUCCCUAUGCAUCCAAUCUGGUCUCUGGGUGUCUGUUAAAGUGUUAGGGAUUCUUACUAGUUCUCUGGGUGUCUAACCUGGUUUCUAAUCAGGUCUUCAGGUCUCUGAUCUGGUGUCCAGAUGUCUUAUCAAGUCUCUAUAUUAUAUAAUAUAA